AUGGAUCCAGCCACUUCUGAAGGCAGUGUUUUGCCUAACCAUGAGCAGGCCCGAAUUCACUCGUCAUCAUUGGAGAUGAAUGCAAAAGUAGUGGAAGCACCUCCUGCUUACGAAGAAGUUGACACAACAAUUAGCAGAGGCAUAAUUUCUACAGAUUUUCCUGAGUCGAUUGUAACGAUAACAGCGCAGCCAACAAAUGAUUCCUGCGUGAAUACGUGCUGUCAUGCAACGUGCAAUGCUGGAGAAGUGACAGAUAUUAACUUGCAGGCAAAUGCGCUAAAUGCAAACAACGAGAAGCCAAAGAAACUGCUGUUUGUUGUAUAA